AUGCAGAAUUCAGUUGGGCCUGACAACCGCUUGAAGGUUGAGUUGAGAGAGCCUCUCUUAGACACAACAGGUUUCAAGCAACUUCGUGUCAGCAAUGUUGAAGGGGAUACCCUCGAUAUAUCAUUUCGACGCACUAUUCUUGAUCCAGAAAGCGGCAAUCGGUUGAAAGUGCCUCCAGAUUUCGGGCCUCUUCCAAUCUACCCAGUAGAUAGUUACAAGGAUAAAUUCGAUCGAUCUAUAUCUACAAAAGAUGGAUUAUUUAUUCCAGUUUAUCAGCGUGAGGCAAUGUGGAUUAAUUUCGAGUCAAAUGGAUUUUUCGCGGUUAAGGUCAUUGUCGAUGGUGUGAAUGCUGUUUCUGGAGAAUUAAGCACAGAAUCCUUAUCAAAGGAUCUCAGACGCAUAGCGCUACUUUACAAAAAGAGUUCAAUCCAAGAAUACAUUCUAGCUGGGACUCUUGGGUCAAAGAUGUUUGGACGGUUUGAGAUUGUACCACUAGAGCUGGACUCGAUAAAACGCAUCCAAAUCACUGUGCAGACGCUCUCAGGAAAAGUCAUUCAUAUAAAUGUCUCUCUCGAAACUGUCGUGAACACUCUCAUCCACAAGAUUCAUGGAAUUACUGGCAUUCCCUGUGAUGAACAACGAAUUGUCUUUGCAGGUCAUCAGCUUCAACGUCAUCAUUAUUCAACAUCUUAUGGCGUCGUGGCGAUGAUAAAUGCACCGGCCUCUGAGAUCGUACUAGGUAUGAAGCCUCCAUCGUGUCCUAUUUCAACGGCAGUACGCAAAGAGUAUCACUGCCCACUUCUUAGCGUUCACAAUGAUGACGAGGAGAAGAACAAAGAUAGCCGAGAUAAAGAUGAAGAUGAGAAAGGUCGUGAAGUCUUCAAGGUCACAACUGAUCAGUCGGGAACAAGCGAUAGUUUUGCUCCGGUCGGGGAAAUGAAAGAAAGAUUGAGAGAGAUUUCCAAGUUGCCAGAUGACGCUAUUUGA